UUCACGAAACUUGGUCCUCUUCCGUUGGACAUUUUUUUUGUCCCUUGUUCCCUCUCCCUCUCUUCCCUCCACCGCCCCUCUUGUCACCCUGUCCAAUUUGUUUGUCCCCUCCUGCAAUCGCUGAUAUUAAGUUAUCAAGUACGGAAAAGACUCGAAUUGUGACAACCUCACCGCCACAAAGGCUGCUGCCAUCCGCAAACUUCCUAGUCCGCAGGGCUUUGUUGUUGAUAACCUGACACAAAUCUCUCGUUGGCGAUCGACUGUCUCUUCCUGCCAGACCCACGUUUUCGUACGAGAAAGUCUGACCAUCUUGACCACUGGAAACGCUCAACUGUGCUCAAGAACCCACGGAAAUGGCUCUGACACAAUUUGCCUACCGGACUCUCAAGGGGAUCGGUGUGGUCAACGGUGCACCUAACUACGAGCCGCUUUCCGGUUUCGAAAGACCCGAAGGAAAUCUGCGAUGCUGCUCCUACUCCCCGUGCGGCCGAUACUUCGCAUGGGCCUACCCCGAAAAGGUCAACAUUAUCGACGCUGACACAGGUGUCAUCAUCUCCUCCCUUCCCGCCGAGAAUGUUUUCGAACUGGGCUUCUCGCCCAAGGGUACCUACAUAAUCACGUGGCAACGCCCUUCGAAGGACGACAACGGUGACGCCGUCAAGAACCUCAAGGUGUGGCUGGUCAUUGACGAGAAGGCUUUGGCGGAAGGCGUCGACAAGGAGCCAGUCGCUAGAUUCGUGCAAAAGUCCCAGACUGGUUGGAACCUACAGUACACACAUGAUGAGGCCUUUUGUGCGAGAGUGGUUACCAACGAGGUGCAAAUCUACGAGAGCCAUGACCUGACGACGGUGUGGAAUAAAAUCCGCGUCGAGGGCGUGACGGACUUUGCGGUGUCGCCGGGGAAGAGCCACACCAUUGCAGUCUUCGUGCCAGAGAGAAAGGGACAACCAGCUGCUGUCCGAGUCUACAACGUGCCGAACUUUACCACUCCCAUAUCUCAGAAGAAUUUCUACAAAGGCGACAAAGUGCAGCUCAAGUGGAAUGACCAUGGCUCGUCUUUGAUUGUGCUGGCCCAAACCGAAGUCGACAAGACUGGCAAGAGCUACUAUGGAGAGACCACACUCUACCUCCUCAGUGCCAACGGUGGCUUCGACUCACGGAUAGAUUUGGACAAGGAGGGCCCCAUCCACGACGUUGCAUGGUCACCGAAGUCGAACAGCUUUGCUGUAGUUUACGGUUACAUGCCGGCCAAGACUGUGAUAUUCAACUCCCGAGCCCAGCCGGUUCAUACUUUUCCUCUCGGACCGCGCAAUACUGUGCUUUUCUCGCCUCAUGGACGUUUUGUUCUUGUGGCCGGUUUCGGAAAUCUGGCCGGUCAGAUGGACAUCUAUGACUUGGAGAAAGAAUUUGCCAAGAUUUGCACCAUCGAGGCAAGUAAUGCAAGCGUGUGUGAAUGGUCGCCUGACGGCAUUCAUAUCUUGACAGCAACUACGUCGCCCCGGCUCCGAGUCGACAACGGCAUUCGGAUCUGGCAUGCUGGUGGUUCCUUGAUGUAUAACGAGGAUAUGAAUGAGCUUUAUCACGUUUGUUGGCGGCCACAACCAGCUGAUGCAUAUCCUCUGGGCGCUAACCCACUCGCCGAUAUCCCCACAGCACAUAGCAGUGCGAUGAAUUACAUGGCAGCUCGGAAGACGCCCAGUAAGCCUGCUGGUGCGUACAGACCACCAGGCGCUCGUGGACAGGUCACGCCCCUGGCUUUCAAGCGCGAAGACGAAGGCGGCGCUGCAUUCGUUCGCGAGGGUAUUUCGUCAUUCUCCAGCAACAUCAAUGGGUUCGGAAAGCCUCGGCAACGGAUUGUUCCCGGUGCCGAACUUGCUGAAGAAAAGACUCCGCUCCCUCCUGGUGCUGCCCCUGGUGGGGGUGUGAGUUUGACAGGCACUGGGGAAGGGGCAGAUGGAGAACCAUUGUCCAAGGCGGCUAAGAAGAAUGCAAAGAAGAGAGAAGCAAAGAAGGCGGCAGCGGCAGCAGCGGCUCGCGAGCAACAGCAAGGGGGAGGGCCAGCCAGUAACCUUGCGCCGGAGCAACGACAACAAGGUGGAAGGGGAAAGAGUCCAAGUCGAAGCCCGGAUGGUCGUGGCCACCAGCGCAGCCGAAGUAGGAAUUAUGUGCCCGCGCCUGGUCUUGAGCCACCCAGUGGACCGAAGAAGGAACGGAGCAGGAGCAACAGCCGACGGCAACGCGGGGAUACGAACAGCUCAACGUAUGACCGUCACCACGCAUUUUCGAAUGGCACACCCAAAGGGCCCGCACAGGGAGCACCCAAUGCUAAUCAACAGAACAAGACACCUCGCACCAACGCGCCAACGAAUAUCAACACGACUCUUCCCAUCCCCGCACCUCCUCCUGUCCCUCAAGCGUCACAAAUCCCUCCCGAACUGGAAGUCACCUCCCCAAUGACGCCUGGCGGCAACCCACAGGACAAGAAAAUCCGAGGCCUCUUAAAGAAGAUUCGAGCGAUAGAGGAUCUUAAGAUGCGUUUUGCUGGGGGAGAGAAAUUGGAGGAUACGCAGAUGAGGAAGAUUCAGAGUGAGGAAGGGGUUAGGAAAGAAUUGGCGGCGUCGGGGUAUUCUGCCUGAGAGUAUUUGUCUCGAGAUGAUACGUUGGUCUUGAUUUUGCACUGUCGAUUUGUUUUAUCGAACAUGAGAGGAUUUCUGCCUCGAGGGUUGAACCGGUCAGGCCACCAGGAGAACAGCACAAACAGAGCCUCGUCCUCACCAAAGGAGCCUGCCUGUUGAUGGCCGCCCAGGCCAGGUCAGACGCCGUGCUCUCCUCGGAUUGGAGGAGUGUCUGUCUCGUCGAAAUGGAUUCCUGCUCCUCGUCAUUUUGUGAGCACAGCACUGCCUGCUGUCUGGAGUCUGUGCCCAAAUGAUCCAGGACCACUAUCCGAUCCGCGAUUGCUGUGGGAAGUUUGGGUCACGGAGGAGGCUGGGCCUUUGCGUGUCCGGGCGUGUGAUUUGCGUUCUGUUUGCGAGGGGUUUCUACCCACUCAUUUUGCAUAGCGAGGACAGCGUCGAUAAAGGGAGGGGAAUGGCAGAUAGAUGGCUGGAUCGCGGCCCAUGAGAGAGUCGAGGCGGGGAGGACAAAUCUGCAAGACACUGGAACUGCUGGUAGUCAUGGCAUACGUGCGUGGAUACAUGCAUGGACCGACAUAAGCGGAUGAGAAUGUGUGUGUGGAAGUAAUCGCGCAAUACCAAAGGAAACUACACCAAACCCAAAUACUAAAAAAAAAAAUAACUAAAAGACAUUUUCA